CGCCAAAAUUUGUAUACGAAGCACAACGAAAACAACAAGUGUUUAGUUCAUUGUAAUUCAAAUCCCAAAGUUUAGGUGCUGAAGCAGGCAUUCAAAAGUGAAAUAAGAGGAAAAUCAACUGUAUUUGAGUUCGCAUUUGUUCAUUGCAACCAUGGCUAUCAUUAUUGAUCAGGAAUUACGCACAAAAAUCGAUACCGCCUGCCGCACGGCGGAAGAGUUCACCAAACUUUACUAUGAAAGUGUGGACAAGAAACGCCACCAAAUGGCCCGCCUGUAUAUGGACAACGGUCUGCUAGUGUGGAAUGGUAACGGUGCCACCGGAAAGGAUAACAUCCAGAAGUACUUCCAAGAGUUGCCUCGAUCGGAACACAUAUUGCAAACUCUGGACGCACAACCCAUCAUUGACGAUGCCGUCUCAUCGCAGCUCACGUUCGUGAUACAAGUUUCUGGGACCGUUAAGUUUCAGGAAAAUCCAUCGAAGCCAUUCCAGCAAACGUUUAUGAUAACGGCACAGGGGGACAAGUGGAAAAUUGCCAGCGACUGUUUCCGUUUGCAGGAUGCUAUCUUUUAAGUAAACUAUAAUUAAACUGACAAUUUGAUUCACUGGAA